CUACAGACCCUAUAUGAAUGAUGUUCUUGUACUGCUCUGCGUAUUCGUUUACAUUGUUCGAGUAACGACGUAGGGAAGAGAACAAUUUUCGAUGUUAGAAAGUGUAUCGAAUGUUUUUUGCGUGAUGAAAAAUGGAAGAUCAAAAGAUGCGGUUUCGCUACAUUAUGUAUCAGUGCUUUAAAAAAUGUAGUACGCCUAAAAACACUGCAAAGGAGAUUUGUGACGUUUAUGGUGAUCGGUCUAUAACUGUUCAAACAGUUCGGACUUGGUUUAGGAAGUUUAGAACCGGAAAUUUUAAUCUGAAAGAUGAAAACCGCAGCGGUCGUCCAUCCACCACUGAUAUUGACCUUAUCAAGGCCUAUCUCGAUGAAAACCCAAAGUCUAGCCUUCGUGAGAUAGAAGAUGCUUUAAACAUUCCGCGAACAACGAUUCAUGAGUAUGUAACAAAGCUUGGGUACGUUAAUCGCUACGACGUGUGGCUCCCCCAUCAUCUGACGGAGAGCAAUCGCAUGAAUCGAAUUUUGAUAUGCGAUUUGCUAAUUCAACGCAACAAAACAGAGCCAUUUUUAAAAAAGUUAAUUACUGGAGAUGAAAGUUGGAUUCUCUAUGAUAGCAUUGCGCGCAAGCGAUCCUGGUCGAGUCGAGAUAAGUGUCCUCCAACGGUAGCAAGACCUGGACUUCACCCGAAGAAGGUGCUGCUUUCAAUUUGGUGGGACUGGAAGGGUAUCCUCUACUACGAAUUACUUCCGGAAGGGCAAACGAUCAACAGUGAAAAAUAUUGCACCCAACUCGAAAAACUUAAGGAAGCCAUUAUCACAAAACGUCCUGAAAUGAUGAACAAACGUGGCUUCGUGUUCCACCACGAUAACACGAGGCCACACAUUUCUUUAGCGGUGCAAAUGAAACUUCUAGAGUUUGAUUGGGAUGUUUUACCACAUCCUCCAUAUUCUCCAGACCUUGUACCAUCGCACUAUUAUUUGUUCCUCCCCCUAAAGGAUUUUCUUCGCGAUAGAAAAUCCAAAUCAGUAAACGAAGUGAAAAACGGCCUCGAAGAAUAUUUUAAAAGUAAGCCAAGAGAAUUUUGGAAAAAUGGUAUUAUGAGGCUACCGGAGAGGUGGCAAAAGGUGGUAGAACAGAAAGGAUCAUACAUUACUUAAGAAAGUAUAAAUCUAAAAUGUCCAGUCGUGAAAAAGGAGGGAAAACAAAGGCGAAGGGAAAUUCGUCUCGUUUGUUCAAAGCGGAACUCGCAUUUCCCGUUAGUCGUAUCCGUAGACUUUUGACGAAAGGUAAUUGCGCCAAACGCGUGUAGUCUGGUGCUCCUGUCUACCUGACUCCAGUUAUGGAAUAUGAAUUACUGAAAAUUCUCAAUGCGAGAAUUGAUUGUAAAUAUUAAUAAAUAAAAAGAAAAAGUUAUGGAAUA